AUGUUUAUUGUUUUGUUUUCAGUUUUGCUGACGUUAUACGUUCUUUCUAAAAAGAUCAGAUGUUGCAGACGAGACAAACGCAUACACUGCAACGACAAACUUCAGGAGGUGGACAACUCAUUCUUAUUUCUCGAGGACUUUGAAUCAGAAAGGAACAAUAUACCAAAAGAUCCUUUUUUCACGGAGUAUGAAGUUCACGCUUUAGGGCUUAUGUCUCAUUUCCAAAACAGCGUCAGAAAACUUGUAUUUAUAUCAGUCCCGCCAUUAUUAGGCUUAAUAUUUUGUCCUAUGACAUUGUUUGUAUAUUCUCCGAUGGCAAACUACUUCUGGCCAAGUGAUUCAACCACUCCAAAUAUAAACGAUGCCCUUGCGUGUUUUUUGGUUCCUGCUGGUAUGGUUUAUGCCAUAACUGUCGGAUAUGCAAUUGAAGAAGUUCAACAGAAGCAUUUUGCAUUACGAGAUAGAUUGUCUGAGGAAGUUGUUCUGUCAAGGGAAAUUAUCUGUAUGGUCAAUCAAAUUGAAGCUAUAUCAUCGAAAGUCCGCCAAAAGCUUUGUCGUAUAUUGAAGACUAACAUUAUGAAUAGGAUAUUGCAAGCUCAGAACAAUUUCGACGGCGUCGACGAAAAUGUAAAUGUAUGGGAAGUAGCAGAUAUUCUCAAUUAUACCAGCAUGAAACAUACAGCAAUUUCAAAAGCACUUUUACGGGUGGUAUUUGAAAAUGUACAUCGCCUGUUCACUUUGAUUCCAGACAACGGACCACUGCACGAACACAUUAACCCGUUGCAGUGGAUUUUAUUAGAAACUUUGGGUGGCUUUACAUUUCUGGGGAUGUUGAUGGUCAAGGCACAGUCGUACAGAAUGGAAUUAACCAUAUGUUUGAUCAGUGUAAUAUCAAUCACACUAUUGGUAUUUACAGUCAGUGACCUUGACAGCCCCUUUGAUGGAUUCUUUAGAAUCGAUCUUUCUCCAAUGGAAGCUGUGGUGUGUGACCUUUAUAAGGAGUAUCGGAGCAUACUACCAAGUAAAUCCGCCUCCAACAAUCAAAUCAAAUUAAAGUCGUCUUUUGCACCGUUUGGAAAAAAUGGAUAAGAGUUAACUGCAAAAAUAUAAUCAAAACAU